GGAGACGCGAAGAGCAGACGAGGGAGCGCUGGCGGCGGAGCGGCCGGGUCGCGUUCGGGCUCCGGCGAGGCGGGCGCCCCCCCCGAAAGCGAGUGUGACGUCAGCGGCCGGUCACGUGCCCCAGGAUGAAUCCCGGCACUGUGCUGCAGGAGGAAUACCGCCGCUGCUUGGAGAGGGACUUCCGCAGGGGCCACACAGGAGUGUGUGCAGACUCAUCCCUGAAACAGAUGAUGUGGCGUCAGCUGCUGGAGGACCCAGAGCUGCACGGUGCCUUGCAAGGGGAAGACACCUUUGCCAUGAUUGCGGGGGCCCUGCGGGGACAGCUGGACCUGGGCGUGGCCCUCCGGAACCUCUGCAGAGCCUUUGAGGUGCUGGAGCUGGCCGCUGUCCAUCUUUACUUCUUCCCCUGGCGGAAAGAAUUUAGCACCAUAAAAACCUUUUCAGGCGUCUACGUGCACGUCCUCCAAGGGGUGCUCUCCGAGGCCGACAUUGCCAGGAGUUUCCACCGGAUGGGCUACGUCCAGAGAGACAACCUCCACCUGGUGAUUUCUCAGCUGCCACCGGGGGGCGGCCUACUCCGUGUCGCUGGCAGCUUCUUUGCCGCCCGGGUGGAGUGCGAGAUCCUGGCCAAGGUCGUGGAGGAGGUGGAGCCUUGCGGCAUCUCCUCUGAAGAGCUGCUGCAGGCCCGGAAGGAGGCCAGGGGCGGCCUGGAGGGCUGUGUGGCCAAGCUGCGGAGCCUGGCUUGCUGGCCCAGGGACAAAGACUUCUGCGGGGAGCCAGCCGACGGGGUCGACCUCUACAGGGAGAGCCCCGAGGCACUGAACCCCUAUUGUGAGCCUCCAGGACCCAGGGUCCCGCCUCAGCAUCCACCUGCCCCCUACGAGCGCAGCAGCAGCCCCAGGCUGAGGAGCAAGGAACUUCUUGUGAGGAGCCCCCAGGGCCUGCCGGAGGGCCGAAGCAAGCUGUGGGGGCCUGGCCCAGAGCAGCCCUACGGGAAUGGGCUCAUGGCCCCCGAGGGGCCUGAUCUGGAGACCUCCUUCUCCUUCAUCUCCUUGAGGCGGGAGCUCAGCAGGUCGAGUGACACGGACUACCCCGCGCAGCCGGGAAGCCGGUUCCUGUCCCCCAGCCCCCACUACAGCAGCCCCAGCCCUCAGCCGCACGGCGCCAGCAGCCCAGCUUCUCCUUCUGCGAGGCAGCCGAGGAGUCCCCAGCUGAGCCCCGUGGUCCUGCGGCGAGCGCAGGGGCUGGGCUCGGGGGUGGCAGGCCCAGAGCUCCCCCGCUACAAUCUGCACUCGUGCCUGCUCCCAGGGGUGCUCCCCUCGUCCUGCUGCGGCAGCUGCCGGUUGCUGCACAGCAGCGGCUGCGAAAUGGCCCAGCACUGCCGCAGCGCCCACCACGUCGAAGAGCUGCAGAGUGAGAAGCAGGAGCCCCUCUGGCUGCAGCGGACGGAGGUGGACAAGCUGUUGUAGGAGGGGGGCGGGGCCUGGCAGUGGAGCCGGGGGCCUGUUGGGACUGCGACCGGCAACGGGGGGGAGGGGGCACAGCUGCUCCUCUGGGGGUUCGCUUGCCUGGUCGGCCCACCUGGGGCUGCACCCACUAAACUCGCUCUUCAUCCUUUCUGCUUGGCUCUCUUUACCCUCCGCCCAGAGAGGACUUCUCCCAACUCUCAGUGUGAAAAUGUGUGGGGGGAGGACAGGUGCACACUUCUCUGGGUGGGUUUCCUUUUUUCUCUCAUGUGUGCCAAAACCUGGUGCUUCACGCUGAAAACCCAGCAGAGGCAAAAGGCCAGGCAGAGGCCUCGCUGGGCAAGCUGCUCCGGACCCCGCCAGCCUGAUUAGCUCCACCUGCUCCUCAACAAACAGGAGUUGGGGGGGGGCCCUGCUGCAAAAGUCCAUCUUGCGCACUUUCAGACUGCAAAAGUUUUGCAAGAGGGGUCUCUUGUGGGUGUCUGACUAGCCCAGCAGUCCUAAUGCAUCAAAGGGUAGGCAGUUUCUGGCAGCUCAGCUUGCAUUACCUGGAAUGGUUGAAGAGGCCACAAGAUUAGCAGGGGCCCCCCCUUUGGUUAGGGGUGAAGGGGGCCACGGGUCUUCACGUUGGUUCUAGUCCGAGGACAUCACCCUCAAAGGAGGCCCUCAGCCUCCUUUUAUUGUGGAAGAACUCCGUGUCUGACAGAAGGUGCAGUGUGAAAUACGCUAAAUAGAAACUGGCAGGUUCUCUAGAUGUCCAUCCCCCCCCCUUGUGGGGGCCAGUGGGACAUUUCAGCAAAAGGACUUUCAUCCUGGGCUGAAGUUCUCAUUUCAAAAAGCCCAGACAGAUAACUCAGUGCUUGCCCCCACCAGAGCUUUCGAGAGUUGUGUAACUGGACAGAAAAGCCAGAUGGGUAAAGAAGCGAUUUGCUGCAUUGGCCAGAAGAUAACAGGGGAAGCCAGGGAGCCUCGCCCACCACAGUCAUACACGGGAGGCACAAGAAUCCGGCACCAGCUCUCCCUGCCACGCUGCCGGUGUGAUCCCCGGCU